CUCUGCACGUGAGUCUAGUUCUGGGAGGAAGCUAGUCCCAGAAUCUACACUAAUCAGAAAAAGGAUGCUAUCUGUGCUUUGUUUCAAGGUGAUUGAUGGCAUCUGGAAUGUGGGGGGAUACCUGAAGAGAAACAGCUCUCAGAACUAUGCUUCUAGUGCAAAGCACAGGCAGCGAUGAAGCCCUGAGACUGAACGCAUCAAAUGAGAAAUUGUCUACAGACAACAAGGAAAUUGCUGGAAUGGAUAACAAGGGGAACGGUUCAGCGGACACCAAAAACCCUGUUGAGAACGGACAGCUCCCUGACCCAGCACACUGGGCAGUGUCAGAUGUUGUUAAUUAUUUCAAAGCAGCGGGAUUCGAUGAGCAAGCCUGUGCUUUUCAGGACCAGGAGAUAGAUGGCAAAUCUCUGCUGCUCAUGACAAGAAAUGAUGUCUUGACCGGACUCUCAAUCAAGCUCGGGCCAGCGUUGAAGAUGUACGAAUACCACGUGAAGCCGCUUCAAACACAGCACCUGAAGAAAAACACCUGGUAGCGCUCCCGCGUGCAGCACUGAUUACAAGCAGCAUUGUAUCCCGGGAUACCGUCACCAUGGGAAAGACAAUCAGUGGUGGAGACAACCAGGUAGACUUUUGGAAUUUGAACAUAAAAUUUGAACAGCAUCUUAGUCAAUUUUACUUGAAUUACAAGAAAAACAGCUGAUUUGUGUUCAUGGUAUUUCUCCAUACAUUGUUAUUCAGGAUACUGGAGGGGAAUGAAUAAGGUAAAUAACCACUGUAGGUUCUACAUUAAUGUAUAUUAAAGAAUUGUGCAUUAAUGUUUUUUUUUAUUUACAAAAAAAGGUGGUUUUGAUGUCAAAUGGAGGAGGGAAAUAUAUGUGCAUUAUUGGAUUUUUUUUUGUUUUUACCAAAGUGGGGUUUUCAGCUGGCCACAAAAUGUUAUGUAAUGGAAGAGCCUACAUAUUUUUUAAAGUAAUUGGAUUGUUUAUGCAGCAUACAAGCAAUGUUCACAUUCUGUAUAUCCAAAAAACUGCAUCAGGCUGUAGAUUGCAGGGGGUUGAAGUAAUGUGUUCAGUAACCCUUUUUGGGGUUCAUGAAUUCAAAUCAGACUUAUAUAUUAGGUAUUUUUUCAAAUUGUUUAUAAAAAAAAAAAAAAGUUUAUAUGAAAUGAAAAAAAAAAAUUGCUGCCAACCUGCUUUUAAUAAUUAAUUGCUGGGAAUUUUACAUUUAAAGUACAUUUUCAGACACACUCCAUUUUCUGUGUAAUUUGAUAUUUUUGUGUGGAAUAGAAAUUAAUUGUAAAAACAUUGUACAUAGCCUAAUGUAAGGGAUAAAAAAAUACAGGGAGUGGGAUCUUAUUUCCACCGAAGUGGUUUAAUA